CUGCUACAGAACAGAUGCCCUGAUCACCAAGGACUUGGUACUGAUUUAGCGAGAAGAGAGCAGCUCCUAGCAGCAUCAACAUCUAUUUGUUGCUUAUUUGCCCUGCAACAAUCCACCUGCCUUUCCUUCUCCCAUCCUUUUUCUGGAUAUGCCACAGAAGGAUCCGUGCCAGAAACAAGCCUGUGAAAUACAGAAAUGUUUACAAGCCAACAACUACAUGGAAUCUAAGUGUCAGGCUGUCAUCCAAGAACUGCGUAAGUGUUGUGCUCAGUAUCCCAAGGGAAGAUCUCUCGUCUGCUCAGGAUUUGAAAAAGAAGAUGAAGAAAAGCUGACACUAAAGUCUACAUCAGACUAACAUUCUGCUGAGAAGUUAAAUGCUGCUCCAAGUUUAUACCCAGCGAGUUUUAUUUAUCCACCUGACUCUUUCUUCAGGCCAGGUAGCAGCAAAUAAUGAAUGAAAAAACCAACCAUAAAAGUUAAUGAAUAUGCCAUCUUUGUAGAACAGACAGACUUAAAAAUAUAUUAAAAGAAAAAAUAUAUAGAAUGUAAUAAAAUUGAGCUGCUAAAAUAAACCUAAGUGAAAAUUU